UUACUGUGGUUUCAGUUUUGAGUUUUCCUUGCUCUGAUUCCCAUCCACCACGUAUAAAAAUUACUCAGUUACACGGUAAGCUUUGACAAGGACUUUUACGGUGAUCCCAUUGUGCCCAGAGUCCAGCAUAGGACUUACUUUCUAUAUAAUGCCACCUGUUGUAUAUAAUAAUAACAACAGUAAAAAGUAAUUUUUUAUUUCAACUCCCUAGAACAGGGGUACUUUUUAUCUGUAGCAACUGCUAGAAGCCUUGUCAUCAAAAAGAAUGAAAGAUCCAUGUACAAACAGUAGACUUUACACACUUUAUCAUAAAAGGAAUGUGUUAUGUAAGACUGGGUGGUAUACUUUUUCUCUGGGGAUUAGGAGUGGAAAGUGCCUCUAUUUCCUUAAUCUGCAAAUUAAUUUAGCUUCACUUAUCUUUCUAUGAAUCCUUAUUUAAUAGCCUGGACAUAGACUACAUGAAUUAGGUACUAGGAUGGAGAGCAUAUAAGCAGCCAAAAUUACAAGUGCCUGUGCAAAAUCUUUAUAGUUUAAUAAAAAGAGAAUCUGCAGACUCUCUACUAAGUUUACGCAAGUGCAGGAGUCUGUAUAUUUCUUAGAUAGGGCAAAAUGGAACCUAAGGCCACAUUUAUAGUUUGGAUUAGCCACGUUUUGCUAUGAAGGAAACGUUUCUUCUUAGUGUUAAGUAUGACAAGACAGGCUGCUGGAGACACUUUCUUCAUGACUCGAUCCCAACCCCAUUCUGUGGUGGCGUGGCCUGUGGUCCAGCUCAGGGCAUUGUUUAAUGGCUCUGUCCAUGGGAUGUGUUCACUACCACUUUUCUAAAGUUAAUCACUUAAUUUCAAGCCAUUUUUUACUUUGAAAACUCUAAACGCCUCAUUGAGGACAGUACAUACAAUGUGUGCCAAGCCCUCUGGUUUCAAAGUUCAGCUGUUUUUGAGUUAUUUGACUGGACAAAAUGUCGAAAGAUAUCUUUCACAGCAGGGAAAGUGUAAUUUUCCAUGUCUUUAUGAUGUUUUGAAAUGGUUGAGGUGACAUUUCUUCUAAAAUUUCCAUAAAUAAAUAACGUUCACCAGUGGAAUAACUUUAAUUUUGAGAUGCCUUGCUUAAAAAGGUUGAAAGUAAUCAUCUCCCCUCCUAUCCAUAAUCCAGUCUCCACCAUUGGAGGGGAGAAUCAAAGGCAACCCCGGAUUAAAAUCCAGACCUUUCAUGUUUGGACUAAAAGAAUGGAAAGUUUAAGCUUCUAAAAAGUCUCUCAAUUUGUGAGAUUAUGGCAAAUAACCUCAGUUCUAUUAUUUAAUAUUACGUGUUUUAGCAAUAGUUGAUAGAAGAGCUCUGGUGUCUGAGAUUACACUCUUCUCCAAGUUUCUAUAGGGCCCUGCUAUACUUUUCUAAUUGUGUUUGCAUCUCACUUAUCCAGGACCUUACAGUCGACUUCUCUUUUCCACUUUUUCUUUUUUUUUACUUUGUUUUCCAUACAUAUUAUUUCUGGCCUCCUGCCUCAAGACACCUGUGUGCCAAGGUAACUAGGAAUACGGACUCGAACUUCUUGCAGGAUUUACCUCUGUGGGCUACCAACGAGUUGUUGGUGAAUAUUUUUGUGUACUUUGCUCAGAGUUGUUCAGUGUGAAAAUGGAACUGCCAGGAGUUAGACUUAGGUCUCCCAAUGAAGACCAAACGGCCAUAAGACAUGCCUAGGAGAAGGUACACCUCUUAAACCUUGUCCUCCAUCCUCAACCCAUCCACUUGCCCACAGGUCUACUUUCCCAUUUGACCCUAAGCAAAUGUUUGACCUUUUGGGAGGGAGGUGGGAGGUGGGUCAGUUUCAGGCCCUUGAGUAUUCCUGCUCUUCCACAGGUUUAUCAAGUGUGUACCUCUGGGUCAUCCCUAUUUGGGAUCAACCCUAUUCCCUUACCACCCUAUUCGGCAAUUAACAACUUCUAGUACUGUUCUAAUUUUUUUUCCCGAACGUGCAGAGUUUGUAUUUUACAAGCAUCUUCUUUGAAUCGUGCAACUCUAUUCACUAUCACUUCUUUGCCCUGUUGAUCUUUUGCCUUUUCUUCCGUACUGUCACUAUCUUCCAAAGCCUGUUUGGCAAAUGACCACUUCCACCGUCCACUCCAUGGGCCAGUGUACGCUGAUCUGCAUCCCCCAUUCCUGCAGGUCUCUUAGGGGAAACCGCAAAAUGCCUGGUCGCUGUCCUCUCAUUCUGGACUGACACUGCAGUCCAUCAGCCACUUCUUCCAUUUCUCGGGGCUUCCUCUCGGCCAUCCACCACCUCCUCUCUUAUUACUUAGGGAAGUCUGUCGAGUUGUCCCUCCAAGUCUCUUGCCCCUCUCCCCAACGCCCUCCCGGACCGGAGCGUCUCUCGGUCGGUCCGCAGCCGCCCCGGCCGGUUCUUGGGCCUCGACUGGGUGGACAUGGGUCUGUCCUGCGCCGAUGUUUCCAUCCGUCCCCCGUCUGCCUCCAAUUCGGCAGGAACUUUACUCCAGCCGAGAGGCGAAGGGCGGGCUUCUUUUGGAAGUUCGAGCCCAGUUGGGUCUUUGUCGUCUGAGGAUCAUGAUUUUGACCCCACUGCUGAGAUGUUGGUCCAUGACUAUGAUGAUGAAAGAACUCUUGAAGAAGAGGAAAUGAUGGAUGAGGGUAAAAACUUCAGUUCUGAAAUUGAAGACUUAGAAAAGGAAGGAAACAUGCCUCUAGAAGAUUUAUUGGCAUUCUAUGGCUAUGAACCUACAAUUCCAGCAGUUGCAAAUUCCAGUGCAAAUAGCUCCCCAAGUGAACUUGCAGAUGAACUACCAGAUAUGACACUAGACAAAGAGGAAAUAGCAAAAGACCUAUUGUCAGGUGAUGAUGAGGAAACUCAGUCUUCUGCAGAUGAUCUGACACCAUCUGUGACUUCCCAUGAAACUUCCGAUUUCUUCCCUAGACCUUUACGAUCAAAUACUACGUGUGAUGGAGAUAAAGAAUCAGAGGUUGAAGAUGUUGAAACAGACAGUGGUAACUCACCUGAAGAUUUGAGGAAGGAAAUAAUGAUUGGUUUACAAUAUCAAGCAGAGAUUCCACCUUAUCUUGGAGAGUAUGCUGGUAAUGAGAAAGUGUAUGAAAAUGAAGACCAAUUACUUUGGCGUCCUGGUGUGGUUUUGGAGAGCAAAGUUAAGGAGUACCUUGUUGAGACCUCAUUAAGAACUGGAAACGAAAAAAUAAUGGAUAGAAUUUCUGCAGGAACGCACACAAGGGACAAUGAACAGGCAUUAUAUGAACUUCUCAAGUGUAACCAUAAUAUAAAGGAAGCAAUUGAAAGGUACUGCUGCAACGGAAAGGCCUCUCAAGAAGAAAUGACUGCAUGGACAGAAGAAGAAUGCCGGAGCUUUGAACAUGCACUCAUGCUUUUUGGAAAAGAUUUUCAUCUUAUACAGAAGAAUAAGGUGAGAACUAGAACAGUUGCUGAAUGUGUAGCAUUCUACUAUAUGUGGAAGAAAUCUGAACGUUAUGAUUACUUUGCUCAACAGACAAGAUUUGGAAAGAAACGAUAUAACCAUCACCCUGGAGUUACGGACUAUAUGGAUCGUUUGGUAGACGAAACAGAAGCUCUGGGUGGGACAGUAAAUCCUUCAGCCUUAACAUCUAACCGACCUGAGCCUGUUCCUGAUCAACAGCUGAACAUUCUCAGCUCUUUCACUGCCAGUGACUUGACAGCUUUGACCAGCAGUGUAGCGACCGUCUGCGAUCCAGCGGAUGUGAGUUGUUUGGAUGAUAGCUUUCCUCCACUGGGCAGCACGCCCCGUGGACAAGUCAAUCACGUGCCUGUUGGAACAGAGGAGUUACUCACCCUGCCCAGCAAUGGGGAAAGUGAUUGUUUUAACUUAUUUGAGACUGGAUUUUAUCACUCAGAGCUAAACCCCAUGAACAUGUGCAGUGAAGAGUCAGAAAGACCAGCAAAGAGAUUGAAAAUGGGCAUUGCUGUUCCUGAAUCCUUUAUGAAUGAGGUUUCUGCAAAUAAUUUGGGUGUGGACUUUGAAAAUCACACACAUCAUAUCACCAGUGCCAAAAUGGCCGUGUCUGUGGCUGACUUUGGCAGUCUGUCUGCCAACGAGACCAAUGGUUUCAUCAGUGCCCACGCUCUGCAUCAGCAUGCCGCCCUCCAUUCUGAGUGACGUGAGUGAGGGGCCCAGAAACAGUGGGUGUGCAGUACCAGUACCAGGAAAGUAUCAGGUUUGCUUAGUCUUUCACUGGAAGUUUGAACUUUUUUCACUAUGACAUCAGUGAUGUCAGUAUGUAUAGAACUAUAUCUUGAUUUAUCAAGAGUAUUUUCAUUUUCAAUCCAUAAAUGUGGAAAUGAACUAUGAUCAGCAGAGUUGGGGACUAAGAUUGAACUCUGUGGUGCAGCUUUAAGCUCUGCUUAUCUCUUCCUCAUCCCCAGUACCUCUUCCCCACUCCCUUCUUUUUCUAUUUUCUGUUCCCCACUGCCCUCACUCCCAAUUUUAAAACCUGUAGACAGAGGCCACCAGCUCAAAACCAGCACAGAUGUUCUGAACUGAAUGGAGUGGCCUCUAUUCAUGUAAAUUCCUUUUGCCGUAAUGGAUGCAGUGGAAUAACAAUGUUUACAGGUACCGAUCCUGAUCCCUGCUCAAUGUAGCAUUUUUUGGUUUUAUUUUCUUAAUUAAAUAAAAGCAGGGGUAGGUUUCUUUAAACUGCACAAACAUGCAAGGAUUUUUUUAAAAAUGGAAACUUCUCUCAUGUUGUUCAACUAGAGCACUUCAGUUUACAAAACAGCAAGUCCAUCUUUAUGGAAGCCAGCACGAGGAACUGCGUGCAAAUUAUGAAGACGCUUGCUUGGAUCCUGUUUCAGAAUUCUAGACCAGGGCUACCUUACACAGAAUUGGUCAUUUUACUGCCGGAAGAUUUCUGUGUAACUUCAGUUAUUGGCUAAAAGUUUGGCAUUUGAAGGUGUGGUAUUUAGAUGGGGUUUUGUCCACCAUUAUCAAGAUUGUAAUCAUAAAAAUCAUACCAGUCAUUGAUAAUUUAGUUUAUCCUGAGGCAGUUGACUUGCAGGGCACAGUCUACAAAGCCUAGGAUGUUGCCACUCAUUGGUUUACAUUUUGGAACACCUCUUAGGUUUUUUUUAUAGUGGUGCAGUUCAAAGUGUUAAUAUUUAGGAGGGAUUUCUAGAUUUUAGACAUAAAAUGCAGUAGAACCUUGAAGUAUAUUUAAACUUUUCUGUUUAGCUUGAACAGUUACUGGCAAGAAAAAUGUGAGUUCCUAUCUGAAAUAGAAUGGUACGUUACCACUUUAAGUUUUAAAAAGUGAUUGACGUUCAGUUGCAUCUCAAACUCAGUUUUAUUUUUAUUCCAAACAUUGUGAAUGAGAAGCCAUUGUCUUAAACUUAGGCCAUUUUUGCUGUAUAGACAUGCAUCUUUAAGUUAUAAGGUGAAUUCAAACAAUAUGUAAUGCAGUAUUAGAAUGUGAUAAGCUUUGCUUUUAUAGUUCAGUUAAAACACAGAAUUUUACUUUUUUUUUUUUUUUGCACUGUCAAUUAAAUUUUUCAGUUUCUACUAGUUGUCUUGCUUUGCAGAAACUUAAAUGUUUGGCUACAUUGCUGAUAUUUGUAAGUAUAAGUCGCUUCAAGGUUGUGCUGAUGAAUAGAUAGAAUGUAGUUACCUUAGUAGUGAUGGAAAGGGAGGGUAUUUAUUAUACAAACUGUGAACUGCAAUGACAUCCUUAGUUUUGGAUGAUGUGUAUUCUUUUCUUUGCAGCAUUUUAAUGAAGAUUGCUUUGAAGUGUUUACGCAUUAGCACAUUUACUAUAAAAGUUAGUUUAGCACAGUGGACGAAAAGUAGUUAAAUUAAUAACUUAAAAGUCAGUCUCUAAUUUAUACAUCUAAAGUCUAGCAUUCCUGUAUGCACACAGUAAAUAAUGGGUAGCCUGGGUUCUAUGUUGCUUUCAGAUAUUUUUUUCCAAGUUGUCAGCUUCUUAUUGCUGUGGUGUUGUGCUAAACUUUGAACCUAAUUUCUUUUGUUAAAAAUGAAUACACCUAUAAUUUAGUAAGAUACUGGCCAUAAUCUUCCAUUGUUAUAACUUUAAUUUUUACUCUGGGUUUACAGUGGCUGGUCUGUAUAAAAUAAUUUACACAAAGAUGACUGAAUGCUAAUACCAGUUGCACUUAAAUGAACAUGCCCAUUCUCAGUAGCUGAUGCAGUAAUAUAUUCAGUUUAUCUAUGCAUUGCUGGGAUCUUGAUAUAAGAUGGAAACAGUGUUUCUUAUCUGAAGUUUUGAUUAUCAGCAAGUUGAAUGGACACUUUAGUUAUUUAAAUAAAGAUUUUUGACCAAAAUCCAGAAAUGAUAUGAGAGAAAAAUAAUUUCCAGCUAGUUUAAUGGAUUUUUAAACGCCAAUCUGAUUUUAGCCUCUUAGAGAGCGCUAACUGGCUGGUAACGUUUACUUUUAAUUCCUUGUUAAAAUGAGGCAAUAAUUUGCAAGAUUUUUGUAUAUAUAUGUAAAGUCUUCAUCUCUUUUUAGAUCUAAUUCAAUAUUUUCUGACUGCUUCCUCCAUGUAUAAUACCAUUUUUGUGCAUGCUUGAUGUGACAUUCAUAAAUUGUACCACUAUGACUUUAUUCAUGUAAAAUAGCUAUUUAUUGAAUUUCCUUUUAAAUCUGGAUUUACUGGGUUUUUUCCUUUCCGUUUAAGCAUCUUAACAGAGAAUUUGUUACUGUUUAUUAGAAGAAUUGCGUUUGAGAGCAUGAAAAUAACUGAUUUGCAGUCAUAAGAAGAAACAAUAAUGCCUUUAUUAUCAAGUGUUAAGCACAAUUCUUAUAACAAACUGUGAUAAAUUCUUUUUUCUUUUUCCUUUGCCAUAUUAUUUUUGUAUGAACAAACCAAAAAUCCAUGGUGAGCAGUUGCAGUGUUGGCUGAUGUGUCUUUUAUGUACAGGGGGUUUGAAGAGGACAGCGGAUUCAUUUAGAAGUGAAACUGGUGCUGUGAUUAUAGCAAUACUUUACUUUUGUUAGUUGUACUCCACUUUUUCAUGCUAGCUUUUUCAGUGUUUAGUUUUCCUCUUGUCAUGGUCAACUGCUGAAUUUACUUGAAGGAUGUAGAAUACUGUUUAAACAAUACUAAAGUGUGUACAAUUAGGUCAAAGAAUUGUGCAAUUGUUUCCUUUUUAAUUUUUACAAUUGAGGGUCAUAAUAUUUGAGAACGUCAGAUCUAAUAGAGCAUAGUGAUACUGUUUAAUUUAACCAAAGUCUCUAGUGAAUACUUCAACUUUGAAUGUAAACCAACAAAUAAACCUGACCACCAAGGAGA